AUGGCUCUCUAUGGACCUUACUGGCGUGAAGUAUGCAAGUGGGUGGUUCACGAGCUACUCUUUACCCGCCGGCUUGAAUCACUCAAGCAUGUUCGAGUUGCAGAGAUCAACAAUUGUAUUAAGGAUCUAUAUGGGCUUUGGGUGAGAAACAACAGGAACCAAAUUAAGUUUGAAAUGAAUCAAUUGUUUCAAGAUCUAACCAUGAAUAUUGUUCUCAAGAUGGUUGUGGGUAAAAGAUAUUUCAGUGUUGUCCAUGGUGAGAACAACGAAGAGGUGUGUCUCAGUAGCAUCAGAUGCACUUCCCAGCUUCCUAUCAUGGUUGGGUUGGGAUGGGCAACAAAGGGCAAUGAAGAAGACUGCAAGGAAAUGGAGAUGCUCACUAAGAGCUGGCUCCUAGAGCAUCGUCAAAAGAGAGUAACUCGGAAGACUAUUGAGAGUGAUGAGCAAGACUUCAUUGAUUUGAUGCUUUCAAUUCUUGAAGAAGAUGUUUAUUUGCGCGGCCAUGAUCGUGAUUUAGUAGUGAAGGCAAUUGCACCGAAUUUGAUCUUAGCUGCCAUGGAUUCCACUGCGAUAACCCUUUCAUGGGUUCUUUCUUUGUUACUUAACCACCGGGAAGUGUUAACAAAGGUUCAAGAUGAAUUGGACUUCCACGUUGGGAAGGAUAGGAAUGUUGAACAAAAAGAUAAUGAUAACCUAGUAAUGUCUUCUCGCAAGGGUAAAUGGACUGCUUCUUCAUCUAGGAGUGGACAUGCCUCUCAUAGAAAAAGAAGAGGUAUAGACGACAGUUCAUCUAGUCACUAUGCUCGGGUCAAGAGGGAUGUUCCCGAGGAUAUGGAGGGCUAUGAUGACAGCACAUUCUACAACCUUGAGGCUGCCCUAGCUUGGUCCACCUUCUCUAAGAGACCUAUUUUGAUGGAGAAGAUUGCAGUGGUGGGGGACUUCACUUGA